GGCGGGGGGGAGGGCAGCAAUCCGGGGGGAGGAAAUUGGGGGGGGGUGUCCGGGGGGCAGCAACUUAAAAGGGGGAGGGAACGGCGGCUAAGGAGACGUUCGGUGAUGGGAGCGCAAUGUAUGAGGGGAUACCGUGCCUCAGGUUUAAAAGAGCAGGAAGCUGAGUGAGAGGUUGCAGAAAAAGUGUCUUCGCUCGGCAGAGGUUACAGGUGGCAUCUUGGAAAGAGCUCUGAGGCUGUAGUCGCGAAGGGGAUCGGAGAACUGUGUGAAGGGACAGCUUAGGGACUAGCGUCCUGGGACUAGGGGGAAGUUCGCGACUUUCUGAGGACUGGCAGGAAUGUGCCUCCUGGCCCUCAAUGCUUCCCCCCUGAGGGGAGGCAUCGUGAGGGACUGUGGCAGGCUUCACUGAACGCUGAGCCGGGGAGGUCCAACUCCACGUAUGGAUCCGGGGAAUGAGAAUUCAGCCACAGAGGCUGCCGCAAUCAUAGACCUCGAUCCCGACUUCGAACCCCAGAGCCGUCCCCGCUCCUGCACCUGGCCCCUUCCCCGACCAGAGAUCGCUAACCAGCCGUCCGAGACGCCCGAGGUGGAGGCAGGUCUGGGGGAAAAGGUACACACGGAGGGGCGCUCAGAGCCGAUCCUGUUGCCCUCCCGGCUCCCAGAGCCGGCCGGGGGCCCCCAGCCCGGAAUCCUGGGGGCUGUAACAGGUCCUCGGAAGGGAGGCUCCCGCCGGAAUGCCUGGGGAAAUCAGUCAUAUGCAGAACUCAUCAGCCAGGCCAUUGAAAGCGCCCCGGAGAAGCGACUGACACUUGCCCAGAUCUACGAGUGGAUGGUCCGUACUGUACCCUACUUCAAGGACAAGGGUGACAGCAACAGCUCAGCAGGAUGGAAGCAAUUCUGAGAUUCCACAUUUUACACAUUAGGAAACUACGUACCGAAAGGUUAGGAAACUCACCUAAUAACAGCAGGGUGAGGACUUGAACUCAGGUCUAACUAUAAAUCAUAUUCUCUAAGAAGAGCCUGGCUUGCUCUAAUUGGAAUGAUGGCAAAAUCAAAUCAGGCUGAGCCUGGGGCUUCACGCCCCCCCCCCCCCCCCGCCCCUCUCUGAGGGAAGUCUCAUGCCUGAACUGGCCUCCCUGAUGAUAUGCCAAGGUUACUCCCACCCCACCAGGGGGCGGCACUCACUUAGAACAAGAAAGUUUAGAUUAGGUGGUUUGGGGAGCAAUUAGCAGUCACCCCCACCACCCUGCCCUCCGACAUGUAAGAGUUAUGGGCUUUUGGGAAACUGACCUCUCCAAUUAAGAGGCUGUGUACCACUUGCUAGUUCCAAGGCCUAAAGAAGAGGAGACAAAUGGGCCUUGUGGCUAUAAAGUAGUAGAGAAAGGAAUGGACCUUCUCAAGUAGAUCCAGAAUUAGAGGAUAAAAAGAGGAGAAAUCAUAGUGCCAGGUCAUGGUCAUUGUGGUCCUUAGUUACUAUGAGGUGAGGUUGGAUGGAUAAGUGCCACUCCUUGAAGGAACGUCAGCACAGUUGAAAUGCCAUUACCUCAGGGUCCCAGGAACACAAGGCGUUCUUUGGCUAAAGAGCCCUGGAACAAGAAGCAUCAUUCCCCAGGGAAAGGGUCUCCUUAUCUUAAGAGCACCAGUCAGAGAAACAAGUAGUUUCUGACCGUCCCAUGGCCUCAGCCUCCUAGUUGCUCCAAGCACUUCUGGGCUCCUCCUGAAUUUCUAAACUAAAGAGCUCCAUGUGGGAGGUCAAAUGCCCCCAAGGUUGAAGAGUUUAUGCACAAAUUCCUGAGAAAUAGGGGAAAGGCACUGGGAAGGAGGUAGGGAAAAGAAGGCAGGUUUCGGGAAAGGGGGGGUGGCCAGGGGAGGGCCAAACCCCUUGUGUAACUAGCCUGCCCCGCGGCAAUCAGUAAAUAUAAGCUGCGCUGGGGGCUGAAGAAGCUGCCAAUCUCAGCUCCCUGGCCACUGGAAAGCAUCGUCUCUCUAGUAGAAUGUCACCAGUAAGGGAGGAAGGGAAAACAUACAGCUUCCAAUACCCAAGACACUGAAGAGCUGGCAGAGCCUCAAGGGGAGCCUCACCAUUGUCAAACCAGGGGCAACCCACCAAUCAGGUACAAAUAUUGAUUAU